UCAGCCCAGCCCACCUCCCCCCCCCCAGUUCCAGCUGUGCAGUUAAUCCAGUCUGGCUUUGUGUCUGAUGGGGAGCAGAUGUGCCUGUCCUUGCUGGGGUGAAGAGCCCCUCUUGGACCCCUUCUUUUGGGUGCCAGACCUCCACCCCCCCACCAACAACAACAUGUCUCUUCUGGUAAGCAGCAGGUGAAUUUUAUCCUUCCAGGAUUCUGAGGGAGGUUUUGGCUUUUAAGGUACAUCCGAACAGCACCUGAUGGAAGCUUUCUGAGAUAGAAACUGGCUCCAGAGGAUUUGGCAACGGUAGCCUUGGAACUUUUGUGAAUCCGUUUGCAUUUGUGGGGAAAUGGCAGAAAAUAAAGAAAGGAAUCCUAAAAAUCCAGAUGUGAGGCCUAAAACCAGCCGGAGUAGAAGCGCAGACCGAAAGGACGGCUACGUGUGGAGCGGAAAGAAGCUUUCCUGGUCAAAGAGGAGCGAAGGCAGUUCUGACGCUGAAACGGCCAGCACCUCAGGGAAAUCCAUGUUUAGUUUAAGGAACCAGGAGAGGAAACACAGCUGUUCCUCUACUGAGCUGGACUUGGAGCGUUCCUGCGGCCACAGACUCCUAGGCCGCUCCCUUAAGCAGAAACUGCAGGAUGCUGUGGGCCAGUGCUUUCCCAUAAAGAACUGCAGCAGUCGACAUUCUUCGGUGCUUCCAUCCAAGAGAAAGAUCCAUAUCAGCGAGCUCAUGCUGGACAAGUGUCCUUUCCCGCCACGAUCCGAACUAGCCUUCCGGUGGCAUUUAAUCAAACGGCACACUGCCCCCGUAAGGCAGGCGUCCGAAAGUUGGUUAAGUAUGGAGUCGUCACAAGGUGAAGGGAGGAACGGGGAACUCAGGGGCGUUGAGAGUGCCGAAGGAGGAGAGUCAGCGGUUUUGCAGGCAUGCAGCAUUCCUGACGUGGCAGCCUGCAGGUGCGACCCUCAAGGUGACCCUGCCGCAGGCAAGCAGCUAAGGAGCAGCAGAGAGGAGAGUGACAUGGACUCCGACGAUGAGGUGGUGACGCUAUGCACUAGCUCUAGGAAGAGAAACAAGCCACGCUGGGAAACCGAUGAUGAGCUGUUGCAGCUGGAAACCCCUCCUAAAUAUCACACCCAGAUAGAUUAUGUCCAUUGUCUUGUCCCCGACCUCCUUCAGAUCAAUAAUAAUCCCUGCUACUGGGGAGUGAUGGAUAAAUACGCGGCAGAAGCACUUUUAGAUGGGAAGCCAGAAGGGACUUUUUUGCUGCGAGACUCUGCCCAGGAAGAUUACUUAUUCUCGGUCAGUUUUAGGCGUUACAGCCGGUCCCUUCAUGCCAGGAUCGAGCAGUGGAAUCACAACUUCAGCUUCGAUGCCCACGACCCAUGCGUCUUCCAUUCUCCCGACAUCACUGGACUCCUGGAACAUUACAAAGACCCAAGCUCUUGCAUGUUCUUUGAGCCGCUUCUCUCGACUCCCUUAAACAGGACUUUCCCCUUUUCCCUUCAACAUAUAUGCAGGACAGUUAUUUGCAACAACACGACUUACGAUGGCAUAGACGCCCUUCCCGUUCCGCCCUCUGUGAAGUUGUAUCUGAAAGAAUAUCACUAUAAGUCCAAAGUUAGAGUCCUCAGGAUUGAUGUACCAGACCAGCAACUCUAGAAGACUUUCGGAGAGACCUUUGGGAGUCUCUGUCCUUUUCCCUCUAAAUAAUUGUUUCCCCCUGAAAAAAAAUUAUUUAUAGUCUCAACUGAACUCUGCCUGAGCCUUAUGGUCCAAAUAGAUUUUUAUUCUGCAGCUCCAACAGGCAGGUUUUUUUUGGGUGAAGACACAAAAUCUGUGCUUUUAUUGGUAAUAAUAUUCUAUAGGGUUUUAUGGAAUUUCAAGUAGAUUUUUUUAAGUUUUCACUCAAGCUUAACCUUUUAGAUUGAAGCUAAGUCAAAAUGAAUUUUGACUUGCCUUUUAUAUACUGUGAUUUAUAUGCAGUACAGGCAUGUUUGAAACACUGUAUGCAAUGUCUACUCAAGAGUGACUAAUUUGUAUUUUAUACCUUUCUUUGAAAAUUAGUACAUGGUCCUCUCUAUAAAAAGUAAAAUUAAUGUCUAUUUAUGAUG